UUCCCCCUCGCUCUAUUUUCCUUCCGGUUGUUGGGCCGUUGGGGGUUGGCCUCCCCAGUCUUCCGUUGCUUGCUUGUUGCCCUGGGCAUCAUGAAGAAAUUUUUCCAGGAGAUCAAGGCGGAUUUCAAAUUCAAGACGGCGGGACCCGGCCAGAAGCUCACGGAGAGCGCGCGGGAGAAAGCCCCCAAUGACCAGCCACCGAAGCCAGCGCCCACACCCCGCCAGGGACCCACUGAUGAAGCCCAGCGGGCGGCUGCCGCAGCACUGGCCCGCCUGGAGCAGAAGCAGCUCAAGCCCCGGGCCCCCUCGUUGCAGGACGCCCUCCAGAACCAGGUGGCGAAGGAGCUGGAAGCCGAAGCCGGAAGCUCAGGUGCCUCUGGCACUUGUGAGAAGCCCAAGUCCCCUCUGGCUGGUCCAGGGGCACUGUCAGUAUCCGGUGUCUACUUCAUCUGCCCGCUGACUGGCUCCAGGCUGAGAAAGGACCAGCGGGAAGCACACAUCAGGGAGGCGAUUCUCCAGCAUUCUUCCGUGGACCCCGUGGCUGCCUCCAUCAUGAAAAUCCACACGUUCAACAAGGACCAGGCCAUGGUGAAGCUGGGUGUGGAGACUAUUGCCAAGUACCUGGACAACAUCUACCUGCACCCUGAAGAGAAGAAAUACCAGAAAAUCAAACUGCAGAAUAAAGUGUUCCAGGAGCGAAUCAGCUGUCUGGAGGGCACGAAUGACUUCUUCCAGGCAGUCGGCUUUGAGAAGACCACGCUCCCUGUCUCGGAUCAAGAUGGCACCAUGGAGGAAUUCUAUGUGCUGGGCCCACGUGCCCUGGCCCACGUGGAGGCCCUGGAGGGUCACAAGCAGCAACUGGUGCAGGGCGAGCCGCUUCGGGCCCAGCUGGACCGCCAGCGACGGGUCCUGAGACCUUCCGCGCUGGCCUCUCACUUCGACCUGCCCCAGGACUUCUACCACCUCACGGCCGUGGAGCUCAAGCGGGAGCAGCAGCUCAGGACGGAAGCCGUGGAACGGCUGGCGGUGCUGCGGACCAAGGCCAUGCGGGAAAAAGAGGAGCAGAGAGAGAUGAAGAAAUACGUAUACACCCUUCUGCGAGUCCGCUUCCCCGAUGGCUACAUCCUGCAGGGGACCUUCUAUGCACGGGAGCGGGUAUCCACCCUCUACGCCUUCGUGCGGGAGGCUCUGCAGAGCGACUGGCUGCCCUUCGAGCUGCUCCCUUCCGGCAGGCAGAAGCUAACGGACGACAACUUGGCCUUCAACGAGUGUGGACUGGUCCCCUCUGCCCUGCUGACCUUUGCCUGGGAUACGGCUGUCCUAGCAGAUGUCCAAGCUGCUGGAGCCGAGCAGAGUCCAGGGCUGCUGAAAACGGAACUCCUCUCCAGUGCAGAGAACCUCUCGUGAACUAGACUGACAUGGCAGGGGCCGAGGAGGGGAAGUCUCCUCCUCUUCCAUCACCCCCUUCCCUCCUAUUGGGGGCUUAUCCAGCUUAAUGGGUAGACAGAGUAAAUCGAAGCCCCGUCGGCCUUGCGUCCAGAGGGUGUCCACGCCUGGAGAGAGAGCCAGGUCUCUGCCGGUGAAGAGCGAGAGGGUAGCUAAGGGCUGCUUCUAACCUCUUUCCUACUUUAAGUUUCCGUUAAAACACACCUAUAGCCAGAAGGAAGGGGCAAGAAAGGGUUUAAGGUGAUUAAACAACAUCAAUACAUGC